AUGGGAUAUAUUGCUGUUUGCACAGACCCAAACGAGAUAAAAAGAUUGGGUAGGCGUGACAUAGUUGUUGCGUGGAAAGGCGCGGAAACACCCCAUGAAUGGAUGCAAAAUCUCAAAAACAUAUUAGUUCCUGCGGCUUUAUUAGCUAGUACAAAAUCCAACAUCGAAGCUACUUUCAAACCUGAUGUUCGGAUAGAGAAGGGGUUUUUAACAUGUUAUACAUCAAUAUACGAAGGCUCCGGAAGAUCUAGGCUCAACGCAAGAGAGAUUGUUGUGGCUGAAAUAAAAAGGUUAUUGAAUAAUUUCAAAGAUGAAGAUUUGAGUAUAACGUUCACUAGACACAGCUUGGGAUCUGCGCUGGCAACCAUAAGUUUAUAUGACAUAAAACAGAUGGUGAUGAAUAAAAAUUACAUUAGGUCAAUACCUGUCACGGUCUUUGCCUUUGCCUCUCCACGUGUGGGAAAUUUAUCAUUUGCUCAACACGUUGAGGAGAUUGGAGUCAAAGUGUUGCGGCUGGUAAACAAAAAGGAUUUGAUUCCUAAAGUUCCUGGAGUUUUCGUGAAUGAGAAAAUGGGUUGGCUUGCCAGGAUUAUGUAUUGGUUUCCAUGGACAUACGUUCAUGUGGAAAUCGAGAUUACAUUGGAUAGCAGCAACUCAGAAGUGCUGAAGGAAACUUAUAAUCGUUCUAGCUUUCACAAUUUAGAGGUAUAUCUCCACUUAGUGGAUGGGCUUCCACAGAAUAACAAUCUGCCUUUUAGAUUUCCACGAAGAGAUCCAGCUCUGGUGAACAAGAAUUCCGACAUACUGAUUACAGAGCUUCAAAUUCCUUCUUAUUGGUGGACACGGCGAAAUAAAGAAAUGGUGAAACGCAUAGAUGGAAAGCUGUUAUACUCUCUGAGAUCUCCCGCUGCUGUUUCCAUUCCUGAAUCCUCUUCCCUACUCAUCUCUAAUCUAGUCAUUCUAUUAGAGGUGGUUCGUGGUCUUUUCGGAGUUAUGAGUCACUUCCAAAUUGGAUGUAGAAUCUAG